GAUACAAGGUAUGCCAUAACAAGAACCAGGACUGUGGACUGUGUUCUCAAAAUCUCCAAAAUUUCUGGUUAAACCACAUAAUAGAUAAGAAAAGGAAAAAACCCCCCUCUUUAUCUCUCUUUGCUUCUCCAUUUGUAGGGUGUAGAGAGGAGCAAUUAUGGUCUCAAGUUCCCUCUCGAUAAUACUCUCACUGCCCGCCUCUUCAAUUCCUUCAAAUUCAACCUCUGAUUUGUAUUCCACCUCCACUCCUCUCAGGUCGAUACUAGAGUUUAAAAACAACUCUAAACCCAUCAAAACUUCUCCUAUUUUUCGCCUCUCUCUUCAGCAAUCUUCAAGAAUAUUGGCCUUUUCUUCUUCUAAUAAAAACAAUAAUCAAGAUGGGUCAGCAGAGCAGUUCCUGGAAAACAACUCGAUUGCGGAUUUCAUGAGGUUCAAGAAAGGCUCUGACAGAAGCAGUGCUGAGUUGCAGACUGCUGUUGUUAGUUAUAAAAAGAGAUUCCCUUGGUCCAUUCUUUACCCUUUUUUUCAGGUUGAUUUGGUUUCUACAAUUCACAUUGCGGAUAAAGAAUACUUUGAGACCAUCCAGAAGGAACUUGAACCAUAUGAUCGUGUCCUUUACGAGAUGGUGGCUAGCAGGGAGAGUUUGGAAAGUAGAAGAAAUACUGCUGUUGCAAAGAGAAUGAAAGGUUCACGCUCAAGAGGAUUUAACAUUCUGGGGUGCAUUCAGCGACAAAUGGCUCGAAUCCUUACGCUUGAUUUUCAAUUAGACUAUCUUGAUUACCAGGCUGAGAAUUGGUAUCAUGCAGAUCUUGACUAUGAGACCUUCAAGAUACUUCAGCUAGAAAAGGGUGAAAGUUUCUUGACAUUUGCAAGAGAUAUGACUCUUAAAUCAACAAAAGCCAUGGUGCAGCCUGCGAUUCCAGAAGACCUUGGUCCUUGGAGAUCCAAACUUCUAUGGGCUUCUCGCGUGCUUCCCAUGCCACUUGUAGGCCUUUUCAUUAUUGGAACUGUUUGUGACACGGGAAGUCCUGCAUCAGAAUAUCCAGAGCUAGAAGCCUUAUCCAGGCUCGAUUUUGGCGCUGCUGUGAAGGUGUUCCUUGCAAAGCGAUUAACAUCUGAGUUCACACAAGUGACAGCAGAUUUAGAAGAGGAAUCGGUCAUCAUCGGUGAGAGGAACAAAGCAGCAGUUGAAGCACUUAGAAGAGCUAUCAACGAGGGCCAUAAUAAGAUUGCCAUACUGUAUGGAGGUGGCCACAUGCCAGACCUGGGAAGGCGCUUGCGAGAGGAAUUCGACUUGGUCCCUUGCGGAGUGCAAUGGAUAACAGCUUGGUCUAUAAGGAACCGGGUUUUGAAUAGCAAUUCCCUUCCAUUUCUGAGAACAAUGGCUGAAGUUUUGGGUUGGCCAUUGAACCGCUACCAGACAUUGGCAUUGCUCAUCUUUUCAUCAGUCCUGGCAAUAGAUCUUUGGUUCUGGGAGCUCUUUUUUGGAAGUACAGUGAAUUGGAUCUCGCAAAUUGCUUCAGAAGUUGGGCAAUAUGUGAACAACUCACGGAUGAUUUGGUAAUAUUUCUUAUCAGAUUGUUCUCAAUCAGGAGAAAAGAAAAUUUGUUUAUCGCCUUGUGUACAUGUUGUAAACUUAAUUAAGUUAAAAGGUUUGUUUAUUUAGCUGAGCCAAACAAAGACAUAGAAAUAGUAAUUUGAUUGAACCAUCUUGGCUUGGAUGAAA